GAAGCAGUGCGCGGCUCGCAGACACCGGAUCGAUACCUGCGCAGAGCUUUACCCAGUCUAGCCGUGUGUAGUCUCCGGCAACCUCCAGUCAGCGACGCACGUACGUCGCCCACGGGCAGUAAAAGUGAUAUUUAUCGCCAAAUAUUAACAGUGCUCACACAACACAUUAAGGAAACAAGAUGUGGCUCCCAGUAGCGGCGGUAGCGCUGCUGUGCCUGGCAGGCCCCGCCUACACGGCGGAGCACAACAGCACAGUAGCGGAGCAGCCACGGUGGUGCAGUGCCGAGCAAACCACCUGCGGACUGUACGAGGACGACGGGCCUUGGAUGGCCAUGGUGCAGCAGUGGGCGCUCACCGGCUCCGACCACAACGGGAGACAAGGACGCAUAAUGGCUCUCCCGCCUGCACAAGGCUACUACGUGACGGACCGCGUGGACAGGCCCUACCUGUCCCCGCCCCCACCACCCCCGCCGGCUCCAGUGAAGCAGGCCAACCACCCCAGCCACUCCAGCCAGCAGCUGCCCCCCGGCGCCCGUCCGUAUGAUGAAUGGCAACACUCGCCUCCUCUGCCCCCCAACACUGGCAAGAUCGUCAACCGGCCACCAAACCCAUACAAGGACAAGUUCAAGCCCAGCUAUCCGGCACCUAUCCAGAACCAACCGAUCCCUGUGCAUAGCCAAGCGCUGGACAGAGUGGACGAGAGCAAAGUGACCCCACAGAAGCAGGUUUCCGAGACCGACCUGUAUUUACUCGGCGCCAUCGAGAAGCUGGUCUACCGAGCUGAUCUUUUUGAGAAGCGGCUCCGGAAGAUGGAGGAGACAGUACACUCCCUCAUUGCAGGACUGGACGCUAAACUCGGUAAUAAGGCAGAGCCGUGUCCGAAGAAUUUCACUCGCGUGGGUAGUGGCUGCUACCACGUGUCGUCCGAGGUCGCCAACUGGAAGGGAGCCAGCUACGGCUGCCGGCGCAUGAAGGGGAACAUGUUGGAGAUAGAGAGCGACCAGGAACGCGACCAGCUCACCUCCGCACUCUUCACCGACAAGAGAUACAAAGGAGACGUCCCUAACACUAGGGGACCUGGCCACACUAAAUACAUGCCUCGCAUGUGUUUGCUUGUUAAAUGUGUCUGGCUGUACAAGCACAUCCGAGCCCUGGCCGUCCUCAUGACUGGCUCAUUCUUCUACAGCUUGAUCCGCUUGCUCUCUAGACGUAUCCCAAACGGCAAGCUCACCGGCAGGCUCGCUAAGAUCUCACUCGGCUGGGCGAAGAGCAUGCAACUGUCUUAUUCACUCUUUCCGAUGUCAGCAAAUAAACACAAAUCAUAAUUUAAGACAUCACAAUAAUAUUCAUAACGUACUUAGCAUCCAAAUUAUACAUCCUACCUUAGUAUCUAUCAGCAUUUUUGAACAUUAUACCUAACAAUAUUGGACUAUAAGUAGAAACGUGUCACUUUUGUAAUCGUAAUUCAUAAUCAUUAAACGUAAUAAUAGUAAUUUAAAUACAUAACUAAAGUAUUCCGUGCCCGUGUAUAUGAGGGCUACACGUUGUGCCACAACCCAUAGUAUAGGUACGAGCUGGA